GGCUCUGCGUGCGGCGGAGGACGAGGCGGCAGCCCAGGCGCGCGCCGCGGCGGCACGACAAAGGUACUAAGUGCUGGGACGUGUGGUGAACAAAACAGAUGAGACCUUGACUCUCACAGAACUUACAAUCCAACAGAGCAGGUGUUUGGUGGAGACGACUUUCCCAGAUCACUACUACCUGGAAGUGAUUGACAUAUUCUGGUGCAAACCUUCAAGGAGGAAGCAGGCAAGACAACAUGAGCCAGCAACUGAAGAAAAGGGCAAAGACGAGUGGCCGGAAAGGCGUGGGUAAAAAAGCCCCCGGUAGGGCCAAACCAAGGCAACCCAAGCCCAGCCAAGCCCAGCAGGCAGAAGUGGAACCUCUGGGCACAACAUGGGCCUUGCAGGAUGGCAACGUGUGCUCUGAGACUAGCCCUCCAGCUCUCGAAGAGGAUGUCUUCCCCGACUGCUACAUAGAAUGCAUAAUAAGAGGUGAGUUCUGUGAACCCAUCCUGGAAGAGGACACACUUUUUAAGUCCUUAGAAUACCUAAAGGAAGGACCAGACCAAGAGCCUCCUCAACAGGUUCUCGAAGCAAGCUCCUUUCUGCAGUGUUCCUUAGAGUACACGAAACCGGGGGCCACACAAGAGCUUCCCCGAGGCAUUGAUGAAGAGAAUUCACUUGAGUAUUCCGAGUACAUGACAGGCAAGAAGCUUCCUCCUGAAGGAAUACCUGGCAUUGACUUAUCAGAUCCUAAACAGCUCGCGGAAUUUGUUAGAAAGAAGCCCAGAAAAAAUAAAGAUUAUCUACAGACCAUCCCCUGUCCUCAGAGUGGCUGCCCACGGAAGCUGAGGAACGCAGCCGCCCUGAAAAAGCACCUGCUGGUGCAUGCGCCCCGAGACCACGUGUGCGCGGAGUGCGGGAAGGCCUUCGCUGAGAGCUCCAAACUGAAGAGGCAUUUCCUGGUCCAUACCGGAGAGAAGCCGUACCAGUGCACUUUCGAAGGCUGCGGAAAGCGCUUUUCCCUGGACUUCAAUUUGCGUACGCACGUGCGCAUCCACACCGGGGAGAGGCGUUUUGUGUGUCCCUGUGACGGCUGCAUCCGGAGGUUCGUUCAGUCAAAUAACCUGAAAGCCCACAUCUUAACGCACGCGAAGGCGCAAAAGUACCUGUGAAGGCGAAGGCGGGAAAGAGUCCUCCAACAGGAUGAGCCUAUUAACAGAAGAGUCGUCAGCAACAAAUAUACCUCAUUGAUUAUUGUUUUUCAAUCAUUAUUACAGCCCUAAAAGGCAUAUUCUUUAGUGUUAAUAAGGUGCUCCUAAUACUUUGGGAUACCAUUUUUGAAACAUCUUGUAUUCUGUGGUGUGCUUCCAACAGGAAGGUUGGUGAUAAGUUUAUUUCAAAAGCAUAAUCUUUAAUAUAUUAUGUAUUGGAUUAUUAGAUAUGAGGCUUAUUUUCACAUACUAUAAAUGUGAAAAUAACUUUGAUUUUUAGUUUUCUAGCUUUUGCCUUUUAAAUAUAUACUUCAUGGUGCAUGUGAUAAUCCUAGAGAUGUCCAACCCUGAAGAAUGAAAAUUUUGUAGUAGUCAGUAAAUAAGUGAGUAGUUUUAAACAUUUUUAAAGUUAAAUGUACCUUUUUUGAUUUUUAUUUUCCUGUUGUAU